CCCGUCAGCGCCGGUCCGGGCUCAGCGGCCCAUUCUCUGACGCCGCGGCUCGUAGCGCAAGGCCCCGGGGCACCUUUCUGUGGUGAAGCGGGGUCGGUGUGGCAGGCUGCCGGUUCUCGAUGUGCUGGUGGGCCUGGGGCUGCACCAUGACGACUGCCUCAGCAGAUAGCUCUGGUAACUAUGAAAAGUGGCGGACAGAAUUGAGCCAGAGUUACAGUAGCUCUGGUUUGGACUAUUCAGAAGAUACCUUUGAGCCCUUCAGCGAGGAGGAAGAAGCCUGUUGGCAGUGAGGGAGUGACCCAUCUGAACUGUAUUAUUGUUCCACAGAGGAUUUAGAGGGGUCUGCUGUGUCAGAUGUGUUGGAAAGCAUGUCACGGUUGGCAGGCCAAAAUCAUGCAGAUGAGCGGUCUGAAGUAGUGGAUUCUGCAGCUAUAGAAAGAAAUGUCAUGGGAAAAUGGAUUGAUCUGAAAAAUAAAGAAGGUGGCAUUAAGCAAGACAAAUCUGUCAUCCAAACUCAUGUUGAAAUUACUGAAUUAUUAGAUGGAGAACUGGAUGCUCUCCGGUCUUUUUGCACCAUGAAGAUAAGCAAGAUGCGUCAGCAGCUGAUCUCUAAGCAGGCAAACGGUGGCAAGUCAAGAAAGCUGCAGCAUGGAUUCACAGCAAAGAAACCGGAGACAAGUGACUUGAACAGCAUUGUUCCUGAUCAGCUAAUGAACAGAAUCCGCCUGAAAAAUAUCAGAGAGACUGUUAAACAGGUGACACAAGCGCAAAUCCACGAAUCUUCAGUGUGCCCUGACUGUCAGAAGAAGGAAGCAGAGCUAGCCAAGAUUACCUUUCUCAGAAGAAAGAAGAUUCGAAUGGAAAGUGCUUUAAUCCAAGAGAAACUGGAAGAACAGAUUUACUCCAGAGAUGUGCUUACACUUAUAGGAGAAGCACUCAGAAGCCUUCCCAAACCUUCAGAGGAUCCCCAGAACUUAUGGCAAAGGCUGAAAGGUCAGAAAAUAAGCAUCCUGCCCAAAAGAAGCUCCAUCCUAAAACAUGAUACCAGAUGAAGGGGGAAUCGGUAACCAGGUGGAUUGCCACAACAAAGCCAAGAAGCCUGAUGUGUCCGGUUAGUAUAAAACUACAGGAGAGCUUGUCUGCUGCUCACCCAAAAAUGACUCAAACAGUCAUCGAAGAAGUUGCACCUGCCUACAGAG